AUGGCCUUCUCCGUUAGGUUCAGCGGGCCAGUGGGCCAGUGCGCGGCGAGGAGCGGCAGCAUAGCCUCGCGGAGCACACCCGCGAGGCCCUGUCCGGUGGCUCGGGCCCAGAGUGGCGACAGCCCAAAUGUCGAUGACAUGCUGGCCGAGGCGAACGCGCUGCUCAACGCCGUCACCGGCGGCGACGCCGCCCCGAAACAGUACUACACGGCCGGUGUCCAGGAGUCGAUAGACGAGCUGACUGGUCUUGGCUUUGUUUGCGACGAGAGCGGCUGCGUGCUGGUGCUGCCCGCAGAGUCGACCGACGACGACGGCGCUGACGGCCUCAACACAUUGCUGGAGGGCCAGGGCUGGCGCCUGGGGGUGCUCGAGACCCCCGACGACGCCGGGUUCCCUGCCCUAGUGUCUGGCCCCAGCUGGAGCGUGCCCCUGGGCGCCAGCGAGCUGGGGGACCUGCUGUUCGUGCUGCAGCAGCUGCGGCUGGCGGUGUCGUCGCUGGCCGACCAGGGGCAGUGGCUGGCGGCGUCGGCGGAGCGGCCCAUCAGCCGCGCCAAGGCAAACAUUGAAUACAGCUAA